AUGAGAGCAGUUCCAGUUCCGAGAAAAUCAAGGACGCGUUUUGUGCGUCGAAAAACAGGGCAAAUAUAUCAAAUUGUGUCGUUUCGCAAAAUUAGACGCAAGUAUAAUCUGCAUCACAUCCACCGAUUGCAUCGUAAAAACACCCGCAGUGUGCGUCACAAGCAGUUUGACGGCAACAAAUUGAUGACGCCCCUGGUAAUUGAUGAUUAUGUUAAUAUGAGGUCGGGACUAGAAUCACCCACUGCUAAAAACAAACCUUUGCUCAUCGCAUCAUUUCCAAACGGCUACUCUAGGUCGCCAAGAGUGAAGGUGUUACAGAAAAAUAAGCUUUACAGACUAUGGAUUAGUCGUAGACGAUAUCGAUUGCGCAAGUACAACCCAGGUUUGCCGAAAUGUCGUGCUCAAGGCCAGGAAACAGACUACGACGAGUGUGUUCGCAGCUGUCGUGUCAUUAAAAAGCAGGCAUCGAAAUAUGCAGACGUCAAGUUCAACUUUGAGAGGCCGAAUGUUGUGAAAACUGUAUGCAUUCCAGUUGAUCAUUUGAAGGAUCGGAAACCACAGUUCUUGGAGUUCCACCCUGAUCGCAGUAUAAGAUUGGAUGAAUUUACUUCGCUUUCUAGGGCCAGAAACUCGCAACUCGAUUCAACGGAGCUUGUAGAGGUACACAUGGAGGCAGGACCCGGAUUUCUGUCACUUGUGAAGCGGAGAGUCAUUUCAGAAAUUGAAAAGCUGCAUUGGAGGGUCAGCGAAAUAAUGCCUCGAACCUCGCUUUCCAAACACCCGGACGUUAUUAUUUGGAGCAGAAUUGUUCCUGCUAAAGACAUUGCAAACGAUCCAUCCGACGCGGGCGCCCAGACACUCCACGAAAAGCUCUGUGCUCUCGUGGAGGCAUCCAAACUGGCCGGUAACGCUUUGAACAGUUAUAGUCGUAUGCUCCAAAAGCUUGAAACUGUGUCACCUGGUGCUACUCGCACCAUUCGAAGAGCUACAGCCAGGCAUGUUGCCCGGUAG